AUGGCGACCAACCCGAUCGCCGAGCGGCGGCGCCUCCGCCAAUUGGAGAAGCUUCGGCUCGAGCGCGAGGCCGCCGAGGCGCUCGAACGGGCGCGGCUCCAGGAAGAGCGCGAUCGAGCCGCGAUCGAAGCAGAAAAGCUCGCGCAGGCGGCGCAAGCCGAAGCAGAGAAGGCGCGGCAGCGGGCCGCGCGCGCCGCCGAGGCCGCCCGCAUCGCCGGCGUUAUCCAAGGCGAGCGCGACCGCAUCGCAACGAUCCAAGCGCAGUACGAGCUCCUUGGCGCGUACUGUACGCGCGAGAUCCCGCUGCUGGCGACCCCGGUCGCGGUGGUGGUUGUCCCGCCCGACGAGUACGCCCGUGGGUGGCAGCUCUACGUGAACAAACACGCGGUGCUGGACACGGCGAGCGACGUGCAUCUGUAUGCGCAGACGACCAAGCUCACGUCGCAGCGUCUCCGCGCCCGCGCCCCCUCCGCCCUCGCGAUCUCCCGCGGCGGUCUUCUCUGCGUCGCCGACGACGCCCUCGACUGCAUCCACAUAUACGCCUUUGCAACCAUGUUUCCAUCCAGCGGCGGUUUCCAGGCACCAAACCUCCUCCACGUCGUGACGAGCGCCGACUUGCGCCACCCGCGCGGCCUCGCAAUGGACUUUCUAGCCAACGAGCUCUAUGUGUGUGACAGCGCGCACCACCGUAUCCAAGUACUUAGCGUCGAAACCAAGGGCUUGGUGCUGCAGACACCGACGGCGCGAGCGCUCUCGGGCGGCCUCUCGUUCCCGAGUGGCGUCGACAUCUCGCACUACCACGUUGUUGUGGCCGACACGGGCCACGGGCGACUUGCCAUCUUUACGAAACGCGGUCUCUUUGUGGGCCACCUCGGGUCAAAAGGACGUGCCCCGGGGCAGUUCUGGGACCCUCGCGACGUCAAAUUGGCCAAUGUGCGCAAGAACGCGGUGAACCGGGGCACACCGCCUACAACCAGAGGACUCAACGAACAUUUUGACAUCGUUGUCGCCGACUAUGGCAACUACCGGAUCCAAGUCCUUCGCGACGAUGGCGCCGUCGUAUACAUCUUUUCGCAGCACUCGGAUGUUACGAGCCUCGAACGCCACAUUACGUCUUUCAAGCAGCUCACGACGGCGCUGCUUCGAUGCCUCGACCAUGUCGGGCUGCACCACAUUGCAACGGCCGUGACUGCAUGGGGGCCCUUCGAGGCGAGGCGCCGGCUCGCCGAGUACUUGCACCCGUCGUCGAUGGCCUUUACCACGGUCUCGAGCCUCUUGCAGCAACUCGCAGAGGAGAAGCGCAGCUUGCGGUGCCCCACCGCACUCGACAUUGCGCGCAACCACCAGAACGCGAUCGUUUUGGUGGACCGCGACAACGCCCGCGUGUGCAGCUACCACUACGCAGGACCCAAGUUUGCGUGGGCCGCGCUUCCUGCCAAUGGUCUCAAGCACGUGGCGGGCGCGGCCGUCGACGGGACCACCGCCUACGUGGUCGACUCGGUCCUGCACCGGGUCGCGAUCUAUGAGCACGUGGCGGUGACGCCCAUCAAGCGCGAGUGGACCCUCGCCGGGUUUCUGGGGGCGGCGACAUAUGGCAGCAAAAUCGAGUGUGCCCCGGGGUGCCAACUCGGCGAGCUACAAUCGCCGACGGCCGUUGCCCUCUAUACGCCGACUGCCGAGACGCGCUGGGUGCUUGUCAGCGACAGCGGCAACCACCGGAUUCAGGUCUUUGACGCUAUAACGCGCCGGGCGCUGCACGUCCUCGGCUCCUUUGGCCACCGCGCGAACAGCCUCGACGCACCGCUCGGCCUCUGCGUCUUUGAGGGAGACGUCUACUGCGCCGACCAGCGCAACCACCGCAUUGCAGUGUUCAACAUUGCCUCGACGGCGCCGGUCGGGACAUUUGGCUCGUUUGGCAGCCGGCCCGGCGAGUUUGCCCUUCCCACGGACGUGGCGGUCGUCCCCGCCUUGCCGCAGUACGAUGGCGUCGACCUCGGGCCGCACCGCGAUGCCAAGAUGGUGGUCAGCGACACGGGCAACCACCGAGUACAGGUGCUUUCGCUCGUCGGCGCACCACUCUUUGUGUUUGAGCACAUGGCCCAAGGCGUGCGCAUGGUGCCCAUGGGCCUCUACGUCGAUGCGCAUACAGGCCAUAUCCUAGUGUGCGACGUCUCGGCCCGCGCCGCCAUCCUCCUCUUCACGCCCGACGGCCGCUUCUUCCAUAGCUUUGGGGGCACGCUGCCCGAAGCCGACCGGCUGCAGCGGCCCGUUACGGUCGCGCGGGCUGGCGAUGGGUUUGUCGUCGCCGACGCCAGCCGCCUCGAUCUCUGCAGCUUUGGGGCCACAUGA